CUGCUACUGCAAGUACUACUACAUCUGCUACUGCAAGUACUACUACAUCUGCUACUGCAAGUAUUACUACAUCUGGUACUGCAUCAGGACCGACACAGCAGAGACUUCCAACGAGUCCAUCACACCGACGCCAGGAUGUUUGGGGGCGUGUCCGGGCGGAUCCAGAAGGACCGUCAGAGGGCUGGAGGUCUUGGUUCAGUCCAGCAGGCGGUUCACUACAUGAACCAGGACUUCCAGGUCCUGAUGGAGGACUGCCUGCAGAAUGGUUCCCUGUUCCAGGACCCGAUGUUCCCAGCAGAACCGUCUUCACUGGGCUUCAAGGAACUCGGACCAUUCACCGCCAAGACCAGAGGGGUGGAGUGGAAGAGGCCAACGGAGCUGACAGAGGACCCUCAGUUCAUUGUGGGCGGGGCCACUAGGACGGACAUCUGUCAGGGAGCUCUGGGAGACUGUUGGCUGCUCGCUGCCAUUGGCUCUCUGACUCUGAACCAACGUCUGCUGCACCGCGUCGUUCCUCACGGUCAGAGCUUCAGCCAACCAUACGCCGGCAUCUUCCACUUCCAGUUCUGGCAGUUCGGGGAGUGGGUGGACGUGGUGAUCGAUGAUCGUCUGCCGGUCAAAGACGGAGAGCUGAUGUUCGUCCACUCGGCCGAAGGCAGCGAGUUCUGGAGCGCCCUGCUGGAGAAGGCCUACGCCAAGUUGAGCGGCUCGUAUGAGGCCUUGUCCGGCGGCAGCACCACCGAAGGCUUCGAGGAUUUUACCGGCGGCGUGGCAGAGAUGUACGAUCUGAAGAACGCUCCCGGAGAUCUUCAUCGUAUCAUCAUCAAAGCUCUGGAGAGAGGCUCCCUGCUGGGCUGCUCCAUCGAUAUCACCAGCGCCCUCGACAUGGAGUCUGUGACCUUUAAGAAGCUGGUCAAAGGCCACGCCUACUCUGUGACUGGACUCAGACAGGUGGAGCACCGCGGGCGGCAGGAGCGUCUGAUCCGGAUCAGGAACCCCUGGGGUCAGGUGGAGUGGACCGGCGCCUGGAGCGACAGCUCCUCAGAGUGGAACGCCAUCGACUCGGCAGAGAAGGACGACAUGCUCUGUAAGAUGGAGGACGGGGAGUUCUGGAUGUCGUUCCAGGAGUUCCUGCGUCAGUUCUCCAGGUUGGAGAUCUGUAACCUGACCCCGGACGCCCUCAGUCAGGACUCCACCAGCUUCUGGACCACGGUGAUGUUUGAAGGGGGCUGGAGGCGGGGGAGCAGCGCCGGCGGCUGCAGGAACCAUCCCAACACGUUCUGGAUCAACCCUCAGUAUAAGAUCUCCCUGCUGGAGGAGGAUGACGACCCUGAGGACGAGGAGGCCUCCUGCAGCCUCCUGGUGGCGCUGAUGCAGAAAGACCGCCGCCGCUACCGCAGCCACGGACAGGACAUGCACACCAUCGGCUUCGCUAUCUACGAGAUCCCUGACGAGCUACAGGGACAUCCCAGUGUCCACAUGAAGAAGGAGUUCUUCCUGCGUCACUCGUCCUGCGCUCGCUCCGAGUCCUUCAUCAACCUGAGAGAGGUGAGCAACAGGCUCCGCCUCCCGCCAGGCGAGUACCUGAUUGUCCCGUCGACCUUUGAACCCUCAAAGGAAGCGGACUUCGUCCUGAGGGUGUUCACUGAGAAGCAGUGUGAGACCAGGGAGAUGGACGACGACGUGGAGGGAACCUUCGACCCGGAGGAGGAAAUAUCAGAGAGCGACAUCGAUGAUUCCUUCAGGUCGAUGUUCACUCAGCUGUCAGGAGACGACAUGGAGAUCUCCGUCCGGGAACUCCGAACCAUCCUGAACCGAGUCGUCUCCAAACACAGAGACCUGCAGACGGAUGGUUUCAGUAUGGAGUCCUGCAGAGCCAUGGUCGGCCUCAUGGACAAAGACGGCAGCGCUCGACUCGGUCUGCUCGAGUUUCAGAUUCUCUGGAACAAGAUCAGGAAGUGGCUGGGAAUCUUCAGAGAGUUUGAUCUGGAUAAAUCCGGAUGUAUGAGUUCCUACGAGAUGCGUCUGGCUCUGGAAAAUGGAGGGUUCAAACUCAACAACAAGCUGUACCAGAUGCUGGUCGCUCGAUACGCCGACAACGAGGUCAUCGACUUCGACAACUUCACCUGCUGCCUGGUGAAGCUGGAGGCCAUGUUCAGAACUUUCCAGGAGCUGAACAAGGACGGAACUGGACAAGUGGAAGUCAACGUCAUUGAGUGGCUGCUGUUGACCAUGUGUGGAUGAAACUACUUCCUGCUGCCGAACUUCAAAAUGCCUCCGACAGGAAGAACAACUCAAAAGCAACGACAAACACCUGCAGUACGGCUGUAGUACCACUGUAGUACUACAUAUUCACAGUACUGACACAUAAUCACUGUUAACUCCCAGCUGCUGCAUUUACUCUAAGAUAGAGGGCGCUACAGCCUCGACAAUAUGGCCUUUGCAUUUAUAUAUUCAUGUAUCGACUGAUAUGACAGAAGUGCCAUCUUCCACUGCUCCCCCUGCAGGUGAGGAGGACUGAAGGGCAGCCUGUAAGUCAGAGCUCAGGGUUUUAUUAUUAUUUAUUAACAGGUCAGUGAAAGCCUCAUGAGGAGGACGUGUUCAGGAUAGAUAGAUUAUAGAUGAUAGAUGUACUUUAUUGAUCCCUAUUUGGGAAACGAUUGUGUCCCAGCAGCAUGUAACGGGCCCUGCACAUGGAACCAAAGACUAAAUACUAAAGAGACAAGUGCAGAACUGCAGUAGAUGUUUGAAAAGUAAAGUUAGAACAUGACAGCAAUGAUUUCACCUCAAAGAAACACGGACGACAUGUCAGCUUCAUGUUUUCAAUUAUUAAAGUAA